UGCAGCAAUGACAUCAAUAAUAUAAGAAGAAGAACUUCUCUCUCGGUGAUGGACUUGCUGAAAUCUUGAUCUCGCAUACAGACAAGGAAGGAAAAAAGAAGACUGAAGCUUCUGUAUUGCAAUCAAACACCCAUAAAAUGGCUGACAUGAAGGAGAAAGCAUUUAUAUGCCUGGAAUGUGGGAAGUGUUUCACUCAAAGGAGUGAUCUGAAGCGACAUCAAAGGACUCACACGGGGGAGAAACCCUAUACAUGCCUGGAGUGUGGAAAGAGCUUUUCUGAGAGUUCAGUUCUACAUAGACAUCAAAGGACUCACACGGGGGAGAAACCCUAUACAUGCCUGGAGUGUGGAAAGAGCUUCACUCAUAGUGGAAGUCUACAUAAACACCAAAGGAUUCACACUGGGGAGAAACCCUAUACAUGUCUGGAGUGUGGACAGAGCUUCUCUACGAGUGGAAAUCUACAUACACACCAAAGGAUUCACACUGGGGAGAAAUCUUAUACUUGCCUGGAGUGUGGAAAGAGCUUCACUCAUAGUUCAGAUCUACAUAAACAUCAAAGGAUUCACAGGGGGGAGAAACCCUAUAAAUGCCUGGAGUGUGGAAAAAAUUUCACUCAGAGUGGAAGUCUACAUUCACAUCAAAGGAUUCAUACUGGGGAGAAACCCUAUAAAUGCCUGGAGUGUGGAAAAAGCUUCACUGAGAGUGGAAGGAUACGUUCACAUCAAAGGAUUCACACUGGGGAAAAACCUUAUACAUGCCUGGAGUGUGGAAAGAGCUUUGCUCUGAGUUCAGUUCUACGAAUACAUCAAAGGAUUCACACUGGGGAGAAACCAUAUACAUGCCUGGUGUGUGGCCAGAACUUCACUCGGAGUGGAAGUCUACGUUCACAUCAAAGGACUCACACUGGGGAGAAACCCUAUACAUGCCUGGAGUGUGGGCAGAGCUUCACUACGAGUGGAAGUCUACGUUCACAUCAAAGGACUCACACUAGGGAGAAACCCUGUAAAUGCCUGGAGUGUGGGCAGAGCUUCACUAAAAGUGGAAAUCUACAUAGACACCAAAGGAUUCACACUGGGGAGAAAUCCUAUACAUGCCUGGAGUGUGGAAAGAGCUUCGCUGAGAGUGGAAAUCUACGUUCACAUCGAAGGAUUCACACUGGGGAGAAACCCUAUACAUGCCUGGAGUGUGGAAAGAGCUUCACUCAUCAAUCAGGUCUAUGCUCACACGAAAGGACUCACACUGGGGAGAAACCCUAUACAUGCCUGGAGUGUGGAAAGAGCUUUGCUCUGAGUUCAGCUCUACGAUUACAUCAAAGGAUUCACACUGGGGAGAAACCCUAUACAUGCCUGGAGUGUGGAAAGAGCUUUGCUCUGAGUUCAGGUCUACGAUUACAUCGAAGGAUUCACACUGGGGAGAAACCCUAUACAUGCCUGGAGUGUGGGCAGAGCUUUACUAAGAGUGGAAGUCUACAUAGACACAGAAUCCACACUGGAGAGAACUGUGGUGUUUGACCCCAAAGAGAGUUUCCCAGAUACAGCUUUCCAGACUUUUCAUGUUGGUGAAACACUUUUCAGACAUGCAUCUUUUUCUGACACAGUAAUUUAGCUGAACUAGCAAACCAGAGGUUAAACAACCUCAUAUAAGAUAUUAAAUAUAAUACUAUAUUAUGUAAUACUACCCAGCCACGUGUUGCUGUGGCCCAUUUUUGAGAAAUGGGAAAGAAAGAAAAGAGGAAGAGCUGGUUUCCAAGCUAUCAAUACACAACGGAAGUGGCAGGGAAAGGAAAGGGAAGGGAAAGGAAGGAAAGGGAGGGGGUGGACCUGGAGGAGGGUGUCCCCUCUCUCUCUCUCCCUCCUUCCCUCCCUCUCUCUCUCUGAAUCCUUUGGGAAGAGAGGGGCAGGGGGUAGCAAGAGGAAUAUAUGGGCCACCUUUCCCUCCCUCUCUCAAGCCACCUCUCUCUCAGCUGCUGAUUUUCCCCCCCUCGUACAGGAGGGAGGGGCGGGGGAGGGUGUUCUUUUAAUGCAUGCUCUGAAUAGUAAUUUAGUUUUUUGGGGUUUAAAGUUCUUUCCACUUAAUGAUUUAUUUAUUUAUUUGCUUUUUUGAGUGGACAUACAUUGCUUUGGUUGGUGUCUUGUGUCCAAAUUUGGUGUCAGUUUGUCCAGUGGUUUUUGAGUUCUGUUAAUCCCACAAACAAACAUUACAUUUUAACUUAUAUAUAGAUAAUAAUAUAUAGAGAGACAUUAGACAUGAGAUACAGCUGUUAUCCUAGAGCUGUCAGUAUACAGAACCUUGCCCUGUGAUGAAUUAUGAUGAACUGUGACUACGAGUAUGAAUAUGACCAUGACUGGAUUGACGAUUUGGUUUAGGUAAUUGUAAUGAUGAUAUUUUAUUGUACUGUAUUUACUAUUUUAAUAUGUAAUGAUUUUGCACUUGUUGUUCUUUAUAUGAUUGUAUUUUAUAUAUGCUGUAAACCAACCUGAGGUCCUC